AUGGCAGAGCUCUGCGGGAGGCUCUGGCUGCUCCAGAGGAACCUCUGCCUCCUGGCUCUGCUCACAGGUGGGAUCUCAGCAGACACCAGGAACAGCACAGGUAACCUCUCAGACCGGUGCCCGCCGGUGCAGCAGCAGCCGCGCUACCUGGCGGCCAAGAAGAACACUCCUGUCUACUUCAUCUGCUCCACCCAGCAGCCCCACAGCAUGCAGUGGUACAAGACCAGCCAAGGCAGCAGGGAGGUGCAGGAGCUGGACCACAACACCUCCCGUUACAGCUUGGAGCGCAGCAACAGCUCCAUCAACUUCACCAUCUUCAGCAUCCGCUACGAGGACAACGGAGUCUACACCUGCGACAGCAGGAACCUGACAGCUCAGGGCAGGAGGCCACACCUCUGUGGCACAGAGCUCAGGGUGAUGGGUCACAGCAGUGCCCAGCAGCUCCGGAACAGGAACACCCUGAAGGAUGCCAUCAUCAUCAUCCAGUCCAUCCUGCUGGUCAUCUUCAUCAGCGUCCCUGUGCUCCUCUUGCUGGAUAAAGGUGAAGCCAAGGAAAGCCCAGAGGAGGACCACACCUACGAGGGCCUGGAGGUGGAGCAGAUGGCUACCUACGAGGACAUUACUCCUUUCCGGGACAUGAAGGUCAAGUGGACAGUUGGGGAGCACCCAGGUGAAGAGUGA